AUGUCUACCGUUUCCAACGACGAUGUCAUCACCGUCGCCAAUCAGUUACUCGAUCCCCUUGACCUCGAAGCAACAUCCUACCAUACUCUCCAGCAACUCUGGUCGGGAUACGGGACCAUAGCAAGAUUGCAAACCGUGUCGAAAACAUCGCCAAUAUCAUCCGCACUGAUCCUCAAACAUGUUACGCCUCCAUCAGAUGCAGGCAAAGACGAGGGUCAUCUACGCAAACUUAUCUCCUAUCAAGUCGAGCAGUACUUCUACACGACACUAGCACCCUUGAUGCCAAAGUCGAUUGGUGUUGCAAUUUGUCUUACAUCGCAGUGGAGCGAUGCCGGUGGCAUGGCCAUGGUCUUGAGUGAUCUUCGUAAUCAAUACCCGGUUCCCGGUGAGAAGCGCGGGAACCUGGAUCAGAGCCAGGUGUACGCUGCUCUGCAAUGGCUGGGCACAUUCCAUGGAUUCUGGUGGCGGCGUACCAAGGAUAUUAAAGCAAAAGGUCUGCGACUGCCUCCUCUUGAAGAGGCCGACUGCUCGCCUUCUCGCAAAGAUGGCGUGUGGAGGAAUGGCGGGUAUACGUACCUGGCAACCCGUCGAACAGAGUAUGCCACUUUGAAGAACGACAAGACUUCAGAAUGGUCUGAAAAGCUGUGCGCACCCGCUCUGGAGCGAAAGAGCAGCAUUGCGGAACUCGUGGCAGAUGUGCUCUCUCCCUCAACUUCGCACUCAUCGGUUGCAGCGUAUGAAACUUUGAUCCACGGGGAUGUAAAGUCUGAGAACCUCUUUGCAAACUCCAUGGGCUCAAAGGUUGCAUUCUUCGACUUCCAGUACGUUGGGCUUGGAUUGGGAGUGUGUGAUCUGGCAAAGCUCUUCACUUGCUCUGUUCCAUCUGAGCUACUGGGUGCGAAUGACGGAGACAUGUCUGAGAGUGAGAGAGUGCUCUUAGAUUACUACAUGCGAUUCCUCGAGGAAACUUCUGGAAAGACCUAUCCGUGGGCGUUGCUCGAGAUGCACUGGAAAACCGCUCUCGUCGACUGGUUGAGGUUUCAAGCCAGUUGGGGCUUUUGGGGCAACACAGCCUGGCUCGAAAGCCGGGUGCGGCACAUCUUGGAAGAUGCAGAAUGGAAUGCAUGGUUGCUCAAGGAAGCAGACGCAGCGAAGAAUUAG